AUGGGUUUCGUUAAAGUUAUCAAGAACAAGUCUUACUUCAAGAGAUACCAAGUCCAAUUCCGUCGUAGACGUGAAGGUAAGACUGACUACCAACAAAGACACCGUCUCAUCACCCAAGAUAAGAACAAGUACAACUCACCAAAGUACAGAUUGGUUGCCCGUUUCACCAACACUAAAGUCAUUGCCCAAGUCAUCUACUCCAAGAUUGUUGGUGAUUUCGUCUUGGCCUCUGCCUACUCCACUGAGUUGCCACGUUACGGUGUCUCUGUCGGUUUGAGCAACUACGCCGCUGCCUACGCUACCGGUUUGUUGUUGGCCCGUCGUCUUUUGACUCAAUUGAAGUUGAACGACUUGUACAAGGGUCAAGAGAAGAUCACUGGAGAUGACUUCCUCGUCAAGCCAGUCGACGACAAGCCACGUCCAUUCAAGGCUUUCCUCGAUGUCGGUUUGGCCCGUACCACUACCGGUAACAAGGUCUUUGCCGUCUUGAAGGGUGCCUGUGAUGGUGGUAUGUACAUCCCACACAAGAAGACUCGUUUCGUUGGUUACAACGCCGAGACCAAGAAGUUGAACGCUGAGGUCUUGAAGAAGUACAUCUUCGGUGGUCACGUCGCCGAACACAUGAAGCUCCUCCAAACUGAAUACGAAAAGGAAUACAAGAGACACUACUCCCAAUUCGUCAAGGCCAACGUUGCCCCAAAGGAUUUGGAAGCCAUGUACACCAAGGCUCACGCUGCCAUCAGAAAGGACCCAUCUGCCAAGAAGGCCGACAAGAAGAACUACAAGAAUGCCAAGUUCGCCAAGAAGGCCAAGCGUACCCUCAACCAAAGAAGAGCCCGUAUCAACCUCAUCAAGAAGUCCAUCGAAAAGAAGGUCGGAAGAAACUAA